CUAUUAUUCUUACUUUAUCUUCUUCAAAGCUGUUAUUAUUAUUAAUUUAUAGUAGACACCUACCUUCAAAAAUGGUUAAUAAAAUGUUAGCUUUUUGUUUUAUGUUUUAUUUUAUUUCAAGUACUUUAGCGAGAUCUGAAUUGAAACUAGCAAAAUGUCGUGAGCAAAUGAUGAAUGCUGGCCUGUUGACAAAGCGAGUGGUGAAUAAAAAACCAACAGUAUUUUCGCGUGCAAAACCAAUAUAUGAUUACUGGGUUGUUCCUUCUUGGCAAAACACUGUAACUGCAUUUGUAGUGCCAUUAUGUACUUAUAUACACAGCCAUGAAGAAAAUAAUAAAGAAGAUCAGAAAGGAACCAAAUAUGAUCUUAAUGAUUUAUUCUCCACAUGUCAAAUUCAAAACAAAUAUAAAAGUAAUAGAAGAGAAGGAAGUCAAAGUGUUAUAAACGAUAUUUUACCAACAUGCUCUGUUCUAAUCAACUAUCGCAGUAUUCACGGAUCUAAUUUUACUCUUGCCGAAUUCUCACCAACAUGUACAUUUCUACUCGAUUAUCGAUAUAAUACGCAGAGAAUGUAUACAGGAAAUGUAUUUAAUGUUGAUAAUUUCGAUUCAAUAUGCACUUAUGCAUACAAAUAUCAUGGACAAAAUCCUUACGAUCAUCAUGAUGAUCAUCCACCUCAAGAACCAGAAUCAUUUUGCAUUGAAUACAGCGAAGAGAAAUGACUCUGAGUUUAUUAAAAACAUGAUCAACUUACUACCUCCAUAGGGCACAAUGGAAUUAUUUUGACAUGAUAUAAUAUUAAAUAAGUUAUCUUAUUAUAAUAUAUAACUUUACUAUUUACAUAUCAAAAUGCACUUAUAAUUACUUAUAUUAUAUUAAAUACUAAUUACUUAAAUUGCAAUGAAAAAGAAUACACUUCAAUUAUUAAGGAGAUUUUAUGAUUUUCUAGAUGUACGUAUAUCAUAUUAAAAAUAUUCAUAUUGUUUAAAAUGAUAAAGUAUAAUAAAACCACACACGUAAUAAAAUUGCUCUCUUCUUUA